AUGUACAAUAGUCGCUUAAUACACCUAAACUCAACUUCUCCUGUGAAAUUAGAUAUUUCCUUAGCCUAAAAUAACUCUGAUAAAUACACUCCUAAAACCAUAAAAAGAAACCCAUCUUAGAGCAAUUACAAAUAAUCAGGAGAAAAACCCGCAUAAGCAGAUCUUUUGAAAUCUCUUUGUAAUUAACUUGAAAAUUAAUUAUGUUAAGCUAAUUCUGAUUUAGAACUAGCUAAUUUUCGUGCUAGAAAAGCUGUUGAAUUAGAAUAAAAAAUAGAAAAUGUAUUAAAAUAAAACGCUGCCUUAUGUUCUGAAAACGAGAUAUUAUAAAAAUAAUCAAAUUAAAGAAAAGCUGAAAGUGACAUAUGGAGAUAAAAAUACGAAUCACAAAUGAAUAAUAUUGUAUUUAUGAAAUCUAAUUAUGAAAUGGAAACAAAAAGGCUUACUUAGGUAAACUAAAGAGCAAAAGAUGAAUUAAAACAAGGAGAAAUAAACCUUGUGAGGUCUAUAGAGGAGACGAAAUAACGUUUAGAGAAUGAGCAUCACGAAAAAAUUGAAAAUAUGAAGAAAAGUCAUAAAAAUAAUAUAGAUUUGUAUGAAGAGUAAUUGAAAAAAAUUCGAUAGAUUUUAGAAGAAAGAGAAAAAGAAUUCGCCCUUUUAUAAAGCUAGGUUUUUUAGGUAAAAUAUGAUGGAAAUAAUCAAAAUAAUAGAGUAGUUGAAGAUAGGGAAAAAUUAAAGAUGAAAAUCUCAGAAUUGGAACUUUAAAGUUAAUAAGAGUUGGAAAAUUUGAGGAGUAAAUUAGAUAAUUAAACCCUUUAAUAGUUGGAUAGUCUCAAGAGAUUGCAUGAUAAUGAACUAGAAGUCAUGUCAGGGGAAAUCAAUAAACUUAGAGGCCUUUUGGAUGUCAAAACGAGGGAAAUUGAAGCCUUGAUAGAAUAAAAUAGAGGAUAAAAAGUUAAUUUUGAAGAAGAAGUAGGACUUUUAAGAGCAGAAAUUUAAGCUCUUAAGAAAAAAAUUGUGGUGAAUAAUAACUUUGCUAAUGCUCAGAUAUAGGAAGUGAAGGAAUAAUUAGCUAAAUAGAACUUAUAGGACAUAGAAGGGUUAAAAUAUCAUAAUGAAAAUCAAUUAGAAGCUUUAAAUAAUGAGAUUUAAUCUUUGUAAAGAAUCGUGGCUGACAAAUAAGAAGAAAUCGAAAAUCAGAUUAGGGAGAAAGGAUUAUAAAGGGAAAAUUAUAAUUAAGAAAUUUGUAAACUACAAGAAGAAAUUGAAAAUUGGAAAUAUAAUUUAAAUUCUAUUGAAAAUUUAAAAAAUUAAGAAAUUGAAUAAAUCAAUAAUAAAUAUAAUUGCCUAAAUGAAAAAAAUAUAGAAUUCCAAAGAUAAUAAAAAGAUUAAAUUUAAUAUUUAGAAGGUGAAGUAGAUAUUUUAAAAGGACUCAUAAACUCUAAAAAUUAUGAGAUUGUGAAGAAUAGAGAGCAAAAUGGGUAGAUCGUGGAAGGUUUUUAAUAAGAUAUAAAUAAUUUGUAAGAAGACAAUGAAAAUACGAAGAAAAACUUAGAUAAAAUGUAAAAUGAAAAAUAUAUUUUGAUAGAAGAUUUAAAAAUGAAACUUUAAGUUUAUAAAAACAACUCAAUUGAAGAAAAAAAAAAGUUUUAAAAUGCAACUAAAUAUCUAGAAUAAGAUAUUUAAAGAUUUUAAGAAAUAAUAAGUGUUAAAGAUUAAGAAAUAGAAAAUUUAAAAAUAUAAAGGGAAAAUUAAGAUAGGGAAAUUAAAAAAUUAAAUAAUGAAUAUUAUUCAUAAGCUGAUCAUAUAUUAAAACUUUAGAAAUUAAAAGCGAAAGAAUUAGAAGAUUUAAGAUUAAAAUUAGAAAACUAAAAUAAUUUUACGACUGAAUAAAUUAAGGCUUCUCAUUAAAACUAAGUAAAUAUAAUGAAUGGGGAAAUUCAAGAUCUAAAACAUAUUUUAUAGUUAAGAAAUACUGAGAAUUAAGAACUUAUUAAUAAAUAUGAAAGAUUAGAAUAGGCAUUAGAGUAAUUUUAAUAUAAUGCUGAAAAAGUCAAAGAACAUGAUGAUUAAUGUAAAUCUAUUAGAAAUCAUAUUUUGAAUAACAAAAUUAUUUAUGAUUCGAAAUCAAAAUCUAGAAUCUCAAGAUAUUCAUAGGAAAGAAUUAUUAAAUGA